UCUGAGGCAGCAGCAGUUCCCCUGCGCUCUCCUCCUCCUGCAGGCUGCACUCAUACACACACAAACGCGCGGAAAGAUACAAACAGAGCAACGCACCAAAGCCAGUGAGAUACUGGACGCGCGGUCUUGUAGGCUUUUUACUCAGAAUCUUCAGGCAAAUGCUCACCUAAAAUCAACUCCGUCAAACUGCAAGUUGAUUUUUGAGGCACUUGCAUCCACUCUUGUCAACCUCCAGGCUUGUUUUGCUUUUACAAAUCUUGUUAAAAUGAGGACAACAUUGCUCUGCAUUUGUGCCGCUCUCCUGCUCAUGGCCACCUUGGUGCCACAAGCCACCCUGGCAGCAGAGUACUCCGUCAACUCUCACCAGCGUUGGGACGCCAGAGGAGCUUACAGUCUUGGAUCUGAAUCUGGUCACUCCACCUCUUGCCCCGUGAAACUUCGACCCUCUGGCCACUGUGGGAGCUCUGGAGCUGGAGGCGAGGACAGCGAGGAAUGCCCCUACCAACUCACCUUGCCUCCGCUCACUAUUCAGCUGCCCAAGCAGUUCAGGCUGCUGGAGAAGACAAUGAAGGAGUUGCAGAGCCUCAAAGAGGUGGUGAACAAGCUGAAAAGCGGGUGCCAGGAAUGCCAUGGGGAACGGAGCAAUAGGGUCUUUGGAUAUCAGCAAGCAGACCAGGGACAGACACAGAUCCCCAUUCAAGGGGAUGCCGGAGAAGACGCAGGUCUGGAUCUUCAGAGGGGGUCCAGCCAAGAGGAGAGGGGAGAUGGAAUGGUUCCUGGAGCCAUUUUGGACGGUGCCAGACUGGGGCAAGGUUCCAAUUUUGGGAAAAUCACUCCAAGCCCAAGCAGUAUGCAGGAGAUGCAGGUGAAAUUGAACAGGAUGUCGGCCAGCCUGCGCAACGCCAGGAGCCAGAUAUCAGCUCUACAGGGCAGACUGGAGGGACUAAACCUGCUCAACAUUGACAACGUGCAGGCUAUGGUGGACAGACGGGUGGAGAACAUCACCGGAGUGGUCAACAAGCUGAGCUCCAGCUGUACUACCCAGUGCGCAGCACAGAACAGCCCCCAGUUCAUCGUAGCCCCUCGGGACUGCUCGGACUAUAACGCCCUGGAGGUGAGGAAGAACGGUGUUUACAGAGUGACCCCUGACCCUCGCAAUGGAACAUUUGAGGUUUUCUGUGAAAUGGAGUCCUUCGGUGGUGGCUGGACUGUCAUACAGCAGCGCCUGGACGGAUCCGUCAGCUUCAACCGCACAUGGGCUGAGUACAAGAAAGGGUUUGGGAACCUGAGAAGCGAGUUCUGGCUCGGCAAUGACCACAUUCACCUGCUGACAAAGGCCAAAGACAUGAUUCUGCGCAUUGAGCUGGAGGACUUUGAGAAUGUCCGGGAAUAUGCAAAGUAUGACCAAUUCUACGUGGCUAAUGAGUACUUGCGUUACCGACUCUCCAUCAGCGGGUACAGUGGAACAGCUGGGAAUGCCAUCAGUUUCAACAGGCACUUCAACCACGACCAGAAGUUCUUCUCCACCCCCGACCGUGACAAUGACAUGUACCCCUCUGGAAACUGCGGUGCGUACUACAGCUCUGGCUGGUGGUUCGAUGCCUGCAUGUCUGCCAACCUCAACGGGAAGUACUACCACAAGAGGUACAAGGGCGUCAGGAACGGGAUCUUCUGGGGAACGUGGCACAACAUGACAACAGAGUACUACCCCACCAACUACAGGCAGGCCUUCAAGACCGUCAAGAUGAUGAUACGGCCCAAAAACUAUGUUCCUUAAGAGGACAGGCAAAUCUUCACACAAGGAGGAGAAAAUUCAAGAACACAAAACCCCACACCUUUUUGUGUAGCCAUUCACACAUGCUUACAUAAACACACACACACACAAAGACAAGUGGUAAAGAAAGUUUGACUGCAGUACCAACAAAAAUCAUUGUGAAAUAUCAUAUUGUGCCAUCCCAUUUUACUGUAUGCGAGCGUGGCCUUUGAAAUGUUGGAUUAAUAUGACAAUAAUAAUAAUAAUAAAAGAAAAUCAUCUGUGAAAAAUGACAGACUAUUAAAAAAAAAAAAAAA